UUUUUCUUAAAAAAUUAAUUUUCUAUCAUAUAACCAUUUUAUUGUAUCUGCUGUCUGCUCCUCUGCUUGAAAAAUACGUUACAGCCAAGAUAUUUCCUGACCUCAUUAAGUGAAAUGAACAACCAGUGCCUCCAGUUUCUUUUCUAUCCCCUCUCUCCUUCUCACUCAUGCUUCCUGUGUUAAAUUUGAUCUUCUUUUCCGCUAUGACUAACCAGCACAUCUUGUAUUUUUGACCUAUCUCAUGCAACCUGCUGCAUCACCGAAUGCAAACUGUUUCAGUUUUAGUGACAACCGUCACCUUCCUCCCCCUCUUCACAGCCCACACAUGCACUGGCCUCUUCUUCACCGGGAGUCCGACUUUUAGGCAGGCCGGGCUUCAUAUGCAAAUAUAGCCUGAGUGGGCGGCAGCCGAGAGCCGAGUGUGCAGCAAUGUGAGAACUCUUACAAGCCCCGCCCACAGCAGCCAGUUGCUAAGCGACCACCUGCAAGGAGGAGGGAGCGAGGAGGAGAAGGAGGAGGGGCCAUGAAUUCAACAACUGUUGCCCGAUCCGAGCUCUCGCUGUGUGAAUGCGAGUCAGCCGGCGAACAAGUGAGCGAGAGAAAGUGUGUGAGGUGCAGAGAGAGAGAGUGUGUGUGUGUUUGCGCGUGCACGCGUUUGUCAAAAGAGAGAGAGAGAGUCUGCGCUGGUGCGGGAAAAGCCAGUGCAGUGUUUUUAAAGAGAAAGACACAGCCUGCCUCGCUCCUCUGCCUCUCCGUGGACUAUACCACUACCGGGGACUCACCCUUUGGACUAUUCCGUCGUUUCCGCCUCCCCCCCUCCUGCCCUCACACUUGCCUUUGAAGGGAACACCUGUGCGCGUGAAAGCCAAGACAACGGACUUAGCCCUGGUAAACAGGGCGACUGGAUGACUUCAGUGGAACACGGUUUGGCUGGUGGAAAGAGGGAGACUGCCGAUCAUGGACUCCCCGCACUAGUUAACGGGGGUGCUGAGGAGGAUCAGGUUUGCCCGGUCAUCAUGUGCACGCGGGCCUAUCCUGACCCCGUCCGUGAGUGCCAGCUGUUCCCAGAAGAGGUGGAGGAGCCUGAGGAGGAGGUGGCAGACGAAGGCAAGGAGAGGGAAUCGGACAGAGACAGCGCUGUGGAAAGCACUCAGGGUUCGGAAACCUCAGACGGGCUCACCAGACUGGGAGACAAGGAAGACACGCUAGGGGAUCUCUUUUUUCCCGGGGAGAAGUGCGGUCAGACCAGUAUCUCUGUGACCUCUGACCUGUCAACACGUUCGUCGGCUUCUCUGUACGAGGAGCAGUUUGAAGACUACGGAGAAGGGGAGGAGCCGGACUACACUCCCAGCAGCCCUUGUCCGGACGACGAGGCUCGUACCAACGGUUAUUCCGACCUUGGCUCAUCUGUGCCCUCGAGUGCGGGUCAGACUCCUCGUAAGGUGCGUCACCAUUACACCGGAGAAAUGACGGAUGUCUACUGUUCUCAGUGCAGUAAAAAGGUCAAUCUGCUAAAUGACCUGGAUGCUCGCCUCAAAAACCUGAAAGCAAACAGCCCCAACAGGAAAAUCUCCAGCACUGCUUUUGGAAGGCAGCUGCUCCACAACAGCAACUUGAGCAGCAGUAACGGCAGCACAGAGGACCUUUUCCGAGACAGCAUCGACUCCUGCGACACCGACAUCAAUGAGAAGGUCACUUCUCUUGAGAAGAAGGUGGCAGAACUGGAGAAUGAGAUCCUGCUGAACAGUGACCUCAAGUCCAAACUGAAGCAGGAGAACACUCAGCUAGUGCACAGGGUUCAUGAGCUGGAGGAGCAGCUGAAAGACCAAGAGACCCGGGCAGAGCAAAGUGUGCAGGAGGGCCUGAGACGCCACAGAGAGGCUUACAGCAAGCUGGAGAGAGACAGGAACACACAGAUAGAGCUGCUGACCAACCGAGUUAAGCAGCUGGAGGAGGAGAAUAAUGAGAUGUCCCUUAACAUGAACCGACUCAAGUCGCAGACAGAGAAGCUGGAUGAGGAGAAGCAAAGGAUGACAGAUAAGCUGGAGGAUACCAGCCUGCGCCUGAAGGAUGAGAUGGAUCUUUACAAGAAAAUGAUGGACAAACUGAAACAAAAUAGACAUCAGUUCCAGAAAGAAAAGGAUGCCAUGCAGGAGCUGAUAGAGGACCUGCGUCGAGAGCUGGAACACUUGCAGGUCUUCAAGCUGGAUGCAGAGAGGUCAGGCCGGAGGCCAAGCUCCUCCACGGGGCUCUCAGACUUCAACAACAGGAGCAGGGAGGUGGAGCUAGAGCAUGAAGUCAAGAGGCUCAAACAGCGAUUUGUGUCCCAGGACUUUCUUCCCCCUGAAUACCAGCACCUGGUGUUGACUGGGGCUCGGCUCCGUCCCGGUAUGAUGGAGAACCAGAAGCUUAGAGAGCAGAACGAGGACCUGAACGGUCAGAUCAUCAGCCUCAGCCUGCAUGAAGCCAAGAAUCUGUUUGCCACACAGACCAAGGCUCAGUCUCUAGCUGCUGAGAUCGAUAAUGCCUCCAGAGACCAGUUAAUGGAAGCCCUGAAGGAGCAAGAGGAGAUCAAUUUACGUCUGCGGCAGUACAUGGACAAAAUAAUCCUGAACAUCCUGGACCACAACCCCUCCAUUCUAGAGAUAAAGAACUAGCAGCGACUCAACUGGAAUGAGCAGCGUUCCUGAUCUUGGGAGAGUGAGGAUCAUUCCAGUUGUCUGAUCAGAGCAGGGUGACCUGAAUCGGGGGGAAAGUGUACAGAAAAACAGAGCCAGUCUUACGUAAACAGACAUGCAUCGCCCCCUGCUGUUUGUGCCAAGAAGAGCGUCUCUUCAGGAUGGUAGAAGGGGAUUCUGUGUUGAACAAAAGGGAGUUUUCUCAGCCAGUGAUUGUUCACUGACUGGUUAUGCUACUGUGACUGUUCUACUCAUUUGAUCACAUUUUUAUUCUGUCUAUGCUGUGAGCUGGAGUUGAAGUCACAAGAUUGAUCUCUUGUGAAAACUCCAGGAAUAUUCAGUGUCCAACGUGCUUUGAAGAUUCACUUGAUUUAGUACACUGGACACAAAAACUGGAGGGAAAAAAAAAAGAAAAUGUAAACAGCUUUAUCCUGAAGCUGUUUGGCAUGGCGUAGAGAGGCACAAUAAGACAGUAGAGCAACAUGACAAGCAGACUUUAAAUCCAGAGUGAGACAGGCCAGGCCACUGUUGCCAGUCUCUGAGUGCGUGUGAUGACAUAUUUGGACAAGUAUGUGCUGAAAGAAGGUCGAGAAGCGAGGCACAAGCGGUCAGAGAGAGAAAAAGAGUGAUGCCCACAUUAUAAAUUGAAGACGAUGAAUUAAGGAAGAGCGUUGACCCUAAACAGGUGGGGAUGUUACAUGAUAGGCCAGGUAUGCUACCAAAAGAGGCUUUUUGUGAAGUCGAUGAAGGUACACUGAAAGUGAAAUUUCGUUUUUCGUUCACUCUUGCGCACGUCUUCCACGAAACCACACUUCGUACGUCAAUCAGUCCUAAAGCGGUGAACAGUUUUCACUGAGAAGUGGCCCUUAGUUGGUACAGACGAGUCGCUGAGUGUCGCGUUAUGGCGCCGAAGCUGCAACCAAGGAGUGUCUUCAAACUGUAACUUCCAUGGCUGCUAUUUGCUAGCUAAACUUGAGCUUGAUAAAAAGUCACUGUUGCUUUGCAAUAGACCCCAAAUGAUGUUGCACAGAAAUAUAAAGAUGUGAAUGUACAGCGUGAGGUGGAGUGACUGGUAGCCAUUGUAACGUGGUUUACCAAGUUGUCUUUUCAUGUUCAGUGACUUGGAUACCGGAUGUGAGCGUGCACAGGAGACUCACUUUUUGGUACAAAAGACUUGAUUUGUCACAUUUGCACCUACAGCAGGUUGCAGAUUGUAGUUUAAGCCCCAAUGACUCUGAAGCCCUCUUAAACUGUAAAUAUCACGAAUGUACGAUUCCUAAUUAACUUUCUGUGUGGCCAAAAAAGCAGUUUUCCAUUGAAACUGGUUAAUACAUUUGGCAACAUGUGUACAGUAUUUAGUACUGUUAUAUGGAGGGCAUUGUUUUCAGAGGGGAAACAAUUACAAUCUCAUGUAUUAUGUAAUUAUUCAAAACUUGAGUUUUGCUUCCUUGCACAAAAAAAGGUUUUGUUUCCUUUUGCAUGGUCACAUUUACUUCUGUCUGUGCCUUUUGAGGACAUUUUUCGAGAUAAUCUCGCUAUAGAUUUACGCUGUUUUUUGGAAAGUGCGUUUUCUGUCUAUGUAUGACAUUUUCAUGACUUGUAAAUGUUGUAAUUAUCUAGUGAUAAUUUGUAUUUUAUGUGCCACUCACCAAUCUUUUUUCAGAUUGAUACUGAGAAAACACUUUUAUACAGAUUAAUCAAGAAACUAAUUGUUGUUGCUUAGCUGUCCUGUUUGCAGUAUAGCACAAGACUGUGACGUAUGCAAGCCAGUUUAUCUUCUUUUCUUUCCUUUUUUUAUAUAAACAGAGUGAGCAAUGAUUUUUGAGGUUUUUUUUCAAGGUUUUUGUUAGAUUCAGUAAGUCCACUGAUUUUCAAUCAGCUUCAAAGUGGAUUUUUAUAUAUGGUUGUUUACUGUCUUCCUAACUUAAACGGUGACUAUUAUGAGCAAUAUUAACUUAUUACCAGUACCUGCUGAUCUGUGUCCUGUUUUGCAUCUUAAAUCUUUUCACUUUUAAUCCACUUAUGCCAUUCUUCAAGUAAAAAAACAAAAAUUCAAGACACACUGAGCUGUAAAAACUGUCACAAACUCAUGGCUUUUAGCUUUCUGUUAUUAGGACGAUCCGAUUGGAUGCAGUCAUCUUAAAUAGCAAUAAAAAAUGGCUUUGGCAGUGAUGUUGUCUCAUGAAAUUUCUGUUAUUUUCAUUUGAAUUCAGCUAUAGUUUCUAAAACAUAAACAUUGUGCCUAAAGUGUAUGCUGCUGCUGUCUUAGCUGCCAUUAUGUACUUUGCUGUAAAUAAAAGUGUUUGCGCUGGCAUGAAAAUAGUCAUGUCGCCAAAUGAGAAUGUUUUAACUUUAAUGUUUUAUUUUAUGUGUUUGUGUGUAUUGUGUAUUCUCAUAUGGGAAAUCUUAAAACGCAAGAUUUACAACCUUUUGUAAAAGGGCAGCACUGCACUGUUUAGUUAUGUAUGGUCAAUACCCAUGUAGGCCCAGGCAUUGAGGGAAAAAAACAAACCAAAAAUAAUUAUUAAAUAAAUCUUCCUUGCAACAUUAUUUUGGAGCAACGACAGAAAAAACAUUUCUAUCUGAUUUGACUGUGACUGGUGCUUUUAUACAUGUAGUUUUACCUAAUUUGACUAAUUACAUUACAGUUAAUUUAGGUGUUAUUAGAGAUUUUGCGGAUUAUAAAUGCCAGUUAUUGUUUUAUGUAUUUAUUUCAUUCAUUUAUUUAUUUUUAUACAUUAGUUUUAUUUUUAGAUUUUAUUCUUUAUCUUCUUUCAUUUAUAUAUAUAUUUGUACCUGCUCUCGGAGCAGUAUUUGUGUACUCUGGCGCCUCCUAUCGGCGAACUGCGCAGCUUCAUUUGAUCAGCUGGGUGCUGCACGCGGCUGGUGUGCCCGACACAGCGGUGCAGGUGAAGCGAUGCCUCAGGUUUGUAUGAACUUUGAGCCUAACAGAAGGGGAACCUAUCACAACAGCCGUAAAACCAAUGAUCUGAUCAACAACACAGGUUUGGUUAAUGGAGCAGUUGUUUACAAUGGAUGCUCAGCUUCUGCCAGCAGAAUCAGUAGGAGCACACCAGCUGGCACACAGCAUGGUCCUAAACCCACAUACAGGAUUAACGAUUAUUUUAACUAUGGCUACAAAGGCAAGAGUACAAAAGCAGCACCCUCAGGGACCCUCAAGAAACAAGGAUGCAAAAUUCCAGCUCUCUGUGAUGCCCCAGCAUGUGAUGGAAACGGCAGUGAAGAUCUCCUGAGUGGUAACUCAGCCAAAGUUAGUGCUCCGCCCAGUAACAUUGACCAAAAGGUACCAGAUCCCAGCCUAUCGGCGUCAGGGAAGAAGAAAAGGUGGAGGAGAUCGAGACACAAGAAGAGAGACAAAGAAGUCGUCUACCCGGAAAUUCUUUCACCCGCACCCAUAGAAGCGGAGGAAGACUGGGGAAAAGAGAUCCAGGAGGGCACACGCUCUGACUGGAAAAACAUGUGUUUUGGGGUCAGACCUUAUGGUCCAGAAGACGUCCUCCGUUUUGCUUUGCAGGACCUGACACUGAAGCAAAGGGACACAGCGGCCCUGCCCGUGUCAGCCAGUUACACACCAGCGGUGCACCACCCACACCCCCUGAUAUGGUCCCGUCACAUCAUUCCCACUGAGCCAGACCAAUUCGCAGACGCUGACUAGUAAGCUGGGCGUAUGCCUAUAUGUUAGAAUAAUGGUUGAUAUGAGAAUUAACAACAUCUGUUUCUAAAAUAUUUGUUUCAUUCUCAUUUGGUUUAGUGGAAAACAUUAAAUUUUACUUUAUUGGUAAAAGAUUGUGCGGUGGAGUCUAGGUUACCAUCUGGUUGUUUUUUAUUGUAGGUUCUAUUUUAUAUUUAAAAUUCAGGUUUUAUAUUUGUUUUAUAUUACAACAAAAUACUUUGGAUUUUGUGAUCUUAAAGGUUGGUUUUAUUUCAACUACUACUUUUAGUUUCAUUGCUGCAGUUAGUGCUGUUUCUCACACAGGUCAUGCAUUUCCUGUUUCGUUUUCAUCUUAUAUUUCCAUUCUUUUUCUUGUCUGUGCUAAAAGAGCAAAAUACUAGUUUUAACUGUUUCUUUGUGUUUUAAAAUGCCUGAAGUUAAUACCAUGUUGUUAUGAGUUGCUCAUUUGAGCUGAAAGAUCUGUUUAAUCUGUUUAUAAACACCCCCUGUUCACAGCAAGUACAUGAAGUAACUAUUUUAUUUUGACACUCAUGGAAUAGUCGAUUUAACCAAGAAAGUAUGGUUUGAUUAUGUAAUACGAAAGUGAUUUUCUGGUUGUUCAUAUCAUUUUUAUUACCAUAAUAAAUCACAUUUUCUUCUAA